GGCUGGAGAACUGGAAAUUUGAGGAGUGGGGUGAUCAGGUGACUGUUGUAUCAUGUGACAUGAGGGAAUGGACUGCUCCAGAGAAAGCAGAUAUCAUUGUGAGCGAGCUUUUAGGCUCAUUCGGAGACAAUGAGCUUUCACCCGAGUGCCUGGAUGGAGCGCAGCACUUCCUCAAAGAUGAUGGCAUAAGCAUUCCCUGCUCUUACACGUCUUUCCUGGCUCCGCUGUCCUCCUCUAAACUAUAUAAUGAAGUGCGUGGGUGUCGGGAGCGAGACAAAGACCCCGAGUGCCAUUUUGAGACACCAUAUGUUGUCAGACUACACAACUUCCACCAACUUGCAGACCCCAAACCCUGCUUCACCUUCGUACAUCCCACCACAGAUAUGAAUAAUAACCGGUAUCAAUGUCUACGGUUCUUCAUUGGAUGUAAUUCAGUGCUUCACGGCUUUGCUGGAUAUUUUGAGGCCACACUCUACAAAGAUGUCACGCUCAUGAAUCACACGUAA